ACCCAUUUCUUGACACAAAUGGAAUCCUCAGAGUGGGUGGGAGACUAAGACGAGCACAGUUGACUUCAGAUGAAACAAAUCCUAUCCUCAUCCCUGCCAAACACCACCUUGCCCAGCUCAUUAUAAGACACUUCCAUGUGAAAGUAUGCCAUCAGGGCAGACAUUUUACUGAAGGAGCAGUCAGAGCUGCAGGCUUUUGGAUUGUGGGAGGAAAAAGAGCAAUAAGCAAAAUGAUAUUCAGCUGCGUGACAUGUCGAAAACUAAGAGGCAGACAGCAGGAACAGAUUAUGGCUGAGCUACCAGAGGAUAGGCUGUCCACUGACCCCCCGUUCACACAUGUAGGGCUUGAUGUGUUCGGGCCCUGGUCUGUCACCGUCAGAAAAACGCGUGGUGGGCAAGCGGAUGCAAAGCGAUGGGCAGUCAUAUUUACGUGCAUGAGUACACGGGCCAUUCACAUUGAAGUUGUAGAAUCAAUGGAUACGUCAUCAUUCAUCAAUGCCCUGCGUCGUUUUUUUGCCAUUAGAGGUGCAGUCAAACUUCUUAGGUCCGAUUGUGGGACAAAUUUUGUGGGUGCCUGCAAAGAGCUGCAAAUAGACAAACAGGGCUGCUACAACAGCAAACUAAACAGCUUUCUUGAAGACUCUGGCUGCAAAUGGCUAUUCAACCCCCCAUAUGCGUCGCAUAUGGCUGGCUCCUGGGAGCGAAUGAUUGGGGUCACGCGCAAAAUCCUUGAUGCAAUGCUCCUAGAACACAGGAAUGCAAAGCUUACCCAUGAAAUACUAGUGACCUUAAUGGCUGAAGUCACUGCAAUAGUGAAUGCUCGUCCGUUAACAGCAGUUUCUGCAGAUCCAGAUAACCCAGUCAUCCUUACCCCAGCCAUGCUGCUCACGCAAAAGGUUACGACCCCACCAAUCCCACCAGGUCAGUUUGGAAACAGUGAUCUGUUCAAAGUUCAAUGGAGGCGCGUACAAUACUUCGCUGAUGUCUUCUGGAGACGAUGGAAAAAAGAAUACAUCUCAGGACUUCAGGACCGCCGCAAAUGGAAAACAGUAAAGCCUAACCUACAAACAGGAGAUGUUGUUCUUUUAAGAGAGACACUCGAACAUAGGAACAACUGGCCACUUGGACUUAUCACCAAAACCUUUCCCAGUGAGGAUGGGCUUGUAAGGAAGAUAGAGGUGAGGAUUUUCCGCAAGGGUGAAAACAAGUGCUACAUAAGGCCUAUAAGUGAGGUUGUGCUAUUGGUGUCUAAGGAUUGUACUUAGAAGCAGAAACUUUGUUUCAUUGUAUGUCACUUGCCUUUUACAUGUUAGUUGAGGGUGACAUUCCAUGGAUGUCAGGCGGGGAGUAUUCUGCCCCUCGGUUGUUACUUUGUUGGGUUUCUUUGGCUGGCGCAUUUCUCAGGUUUCCCAAUAGUGGGCAGUAUUACCCCUUCAGUUUGUGGCUUCUUCUUUGGUUGUUUGGUGUGCACUACACUGCCCCCUUUGGUGAUGUGUUGUAAGCAGCAGAAAAAGUUCACGCAGGCAGUGUGAGAAAAUGCAUGGAGCAGAAAACAAGCUGCACAACUUUAAGCCCAGUUUACAUCGUUGGGGAGUUUGUUGA